GUGUUAGUGGGGAGCAGACUGUUUGGGCAUCUGGCCGCGGCCUUGUUUUUAUAAUUAAUACUAAAAAAGGAAAAUGUUCUAAUAAAUAAUCGAUCACGUGUGGGGAAGGUCGUGCAAUCGAUUCUAUAGUUGAACUCAAUCAAAUGGUGUCCCGGGCAUGAACUAGUUAGAUCUUGUAGUUGUACCACUCACGAUCUGCCCCUCAAUUCCUCCAUCAGAUGGAAAUGUACACAGAGAGUUGCAGUCCAACUAGAGCUGCCGGGGUAUAAAUGCUGUGAUUAAAUCAUACUGGGGCCUUGAGUGAAACUUUGUCUCAUUAGAUCCCUCCUAUUCCCCAGUAUAAGGGAGAUGUCCCAGGAAAGAUCUGUCAGCUGAGGUUUUAUCUCUUUAGCCAACAGCCCAUGAAGAAGAUGAGGACGUACAUGGAGACUUAAAGAGAGAGAGGUGCUAAUACAGGAUCGGAGCUGAAGCAUCCUGAGGGGGGAGCAUUUGCACAGAUAUGGCCGUACCCAUUACUGUCCUGGAUUGCGACUUGCUGCUGUAUGGCCGAGGGCAUCGCACGCUCGACCGAUUUCGCCUCGAUGAUGUCACAGACGAUUAUCUAGUGACCACUUAUGGCUUUCCCAGGCCGUUUAUUGAUUACCUUGUUGAUUUGUUGGGGGCCAGUCUAUCACGACCUACACAUCGAUCUCGCGCAAUCAGCCCUGAAACACAGAUCAUGGCUGCUCUUGGAUUCUAUACCUCGGGAUCCUUCCAGACUCGCAUGGGGGAUACAAUUGGGAUCAGCCAAGCUUCCAUGAGUCGCUGCGUGACUAACGUCACAGAGGCUCUGGUAGAGAGGGCAUCCCAGUUCAUCUCCUUCCCUAGAGAUGAAAGAUCAGUGCAAGGGCUGAAGGAUGAAUUCUACAAUCUGGCAGGGGUUCCUGGAGUUUUGGGGGUGGUAGACUGCACUCAAGUGAAUAUUAAAGCCCCAAAUUCAGAGGACUUGUCCUAUGUGAACAGCAGAGGCCUGCACUCCUUAAACUGCUUGCUUGUGUGUGAUGCCCGAGGUUCCCUGUUGUGGGCUGAGACCAGUCGUCUGGGCAGCAUGCAGGACAAUGCGGUGCUUCACCAAUCAGAGCUCAGCGGCCUGUUUGAAACUAAAAUGCACAAACAGGGCUGGCUGCUAGCGGAUAAUGCCUUCAUUCUGCGACCUUGGCUGAUGACACCGGUGCAGAUACCAGAAAGCCCAUCGGAUUAUCGCUACAACAUGGCGCACACUGCCACGCAUAGUGUGAUGGAGCGUACUCAGAGAUCCCUCCGACUACGUUUCCGUUGCCUUGAUGGGUCCAGGGCCACCCUGCAGUAUUCCCCUGAAAAAUCUGCUCAGAUAGUAUUGGCAUGCUGCAUUUUGCAUAAUAUUGCUCUGCAGCACGACCUUGAUAUUGUAAGCGAGUCUGGGGCAACCAGUCUGGAGCCUGAAGAAGAAUGUGUGCACAUGGAACCACUAGAGUCAGAGGCUUACCGUAUGAGGCAGGAGCUAAUCCUUACACAUUUCAGUUGAUAAAGAACUCCAAAUAUACUUUCUCCAUUGCUCCCAGUAAAUACAAUUGGCCGGGCCUCUGUUAUUGCCAGAAUUUCUUUUGUUGAUAAUGAAACUUUAAAGGGGUUGUUCACCUUAAUUAACUGUUAGUAUGAUGUAGAGCGUGAUAUUCUGAGCCAAUUUGCAAUUGGUUUUCAUUUUUUAUCAUUCAUUUGUUAUUUAGCUUUUUAUUCAGCAGCUCUCCCGUUUGCAGUUUUAGAAAUCCAGUUGCUAGGGUCCAAAUUCCCCUAGCAGCCAUGAAUUGAUUUGAAUAAGAGACUGGAAUAUGAAUAGGAGAGGCCUGAAUAGAAAGAUGAGAAAUAAAGAGUAGCAAUA